UUCUUGAAACUUCCAGCGCGAAACUCGCAAGUUGAAGGUCUGUUGGCUUCAAUCUCAGCCACUCUCUACGGGACAAAAGGAAGAACCUACCCCCAAGUUUGAGCGAUUCUCUUCAUCUUUCUUUAAAAUUCUUGUUGAGUCCCCAUAUUAAUUUCGUUCGACCUCUGGCCGAGAGAGAGAGGUCGCAACCGAAUGCCAGAGAUCGAGCAUGUCCCUAUGACCUCAUCCUCAUCAUCAUCAGUAACGAAAAUGGACAACGCUUUAUUCGGCAAGUAUGAGCUCGGCAAGCUCCUCGGCUGCGGCGCUUUCGCCAAGGUCUACCACGCCCGCAACAUCUCCACCGGCCAAAGCGUCGCCGUCAAGGUCAUCAACAAGAACAAGAUUGCCGGCACCAAUUUAAUGUCUAACAUCAAGCGCGAGAUCACUAUCAUGCGCCGCUUGCGCCACCCCAACAUCGUCAAGCUCUUCGAGGUUUUGGCCAGCAAGACCAAGAUCUACUUCGUCAUGGAGUUCGUCAAGGGCGGCGAGCUCUUCGCCAAGGUUGCGAAAGGUCGGUUCAACGAAGAUCUUUGCCGUAAGUAUUUCCAGCAAUUGAUCUCCGCCGUCGGUUAUUGCCACUCUCGCGGCGUCUUUCACCGUGAUCUGAAGCCGGAGAAUCUCCUCGUCGAUGACAACGGUGAUUUGAAGGUGUCGGAUUUCGGGCUCAGCGCCGUCACGGAUCAGAUCCACAACGACGGUUUGUUACACACGCUUUGCGGCACGCCUGCUUACGUGGCUCCCGAGAUUCUCGCGAAGAAAGGUUACGAUGGUGCCAAGGUGGAUGUGUGGUCAUGCGGAGUCAUCCUCUUCGUCUUAUCCGCCGGUUAUCUACCGUUUAACGAUCCCAAUCUCAUGAUGAUGUACAAGAAGAUCUACAAGGGAGAGUUUCGGUGCCCUAAGUGGAUGUCGUCUGAUCUCAAACGGUUCCUUUCUCGGCUUCUAGACACGAAUCCAGAGAAAAGAAUUACCGUUGAUGAGAUCACACGACACCCUUGGUUCAAAAAAGAUUAUAAGGCCAUUAACUUUUACGAAGAACAGUUUGACAUCAAGCACGACAAAGAAGAGAGAGCCGGUUCCUCCCUAAACGCGUUCGAUAUAAUAUCAUUCUCGUCCGGUUUGGACCUUUCUGGAUUGUUUGAUGAAUCUGCCGAGAACGGAGAGCGAUUUGUAUCGGCUGAGUCGCCGGAGAAAAUCAUCGAGAAAGUUGAGGAGGUCGUGAAGGUAGACAACGUUGUGAGGUUGAAAAAGAAGAAGGAAUGGGGAGUGGAAUUGGAAGGGCUGAAUGGUAAUUUCACGAUUGGGUUGGAAGUUUUCCCCUUGACCGACAAUUUGGUAGUUGUGGAGGUUAGGCCGACAGGUAGCAGUGCCUGCAUGUACAACCAAGUCUGGAAAAAUAAAAUUAGGCCGGAGCUAAUUUCCCUUCAGCAAGAGCGGCAGGUCGCCGGUAACUAACCUUUCUGGCGAGCACGGCCUGAUUAUCAGAGGUGCCGUAAAUACAGAAUUGAUAUACGGAAUGAUUUAUGAUUAUUAUUUGUUGAAACAAUGUGUAUUAAUUGUUGUGUUUUGCAAUUGUUGUUCGAGUUUCUACAUAUGAAUUUUUCUAGUAUUACAUGUAGUAUAUGGCGGCUGUACAUUUUGCCUCGUCAAAAUUUUACAGGCGUUUUUGUUGUUCUGUACAUAAAGACAACAAAUGAAGAAAAAGAAUAGGUAUAUUAU